CAGGCGAAUUUUUCGAGAAUUUCCAGCAGGCGAGGCAGUGGCUGUUUGAACAGCUCGCUGCGAAGAUUCUUACCGACCGAGAGGGCCCCAUCCUCCGUCCUCCUUUAACUCUUUAAAGCAUUUCCAGGGACAUAGGCACCACGAGUUGCAUCUUUUUCUGGAAGACGCCGACGGCAUCCCCACUCCCUGGCUCGCCGACCUCGCGGUCCUCCAGCGGCAGGUGGAGUUAUGUCCACAGCAGCCUUCCUCACCCUGGUGCGAAGCGGCGGGAGCCAGGUGAGGAGGAGGGUGCUGCUGAGCUCCCGCCUGCGGCAGGACGACAGGCGGGUGACGCCCACGUGCCACAGCGCCACCUCGGAGCCCAGGUGCUCUCGGUUCGACCCCGACGGCAGCGGGCGGCCAGCCACUUGGGACAGCUUUGGGAUCUGGGAUAACCGCAUCGACGAGCCCAUCCUGCUGCCCCCCAGCAUCAAGUACGGCAAGCCCAUCCCCAAAAUCAGCCUGGAGAACGUGGGCUGCGCCUCGCAGAUCGGCAAGCGCAGGGAGAACGAGGACCGCUUCGGCUUCGCCCAGCUGUCGGAGGAGGUGCUCUACUUCGCGGUGUACGACGGCCAUGGCGGACCUGGGGCUGCCGACUUCUGCCACACGCACAUGGAGAAGUGUAUCCUGGAUUUGCUUCCUAAGGAGAAGAACUUGGAAACGGUGCUGACCUUGGCUUUUCUAGAAAUAGAUAAAGCCUUUGCCAGUCAUGCCCACCUGUCUGCCGACGCAACGCUUCUGGCCUCUGGGACUACUGCGACAGUAGCCCUGUUGCGAGAUGGGAUCGAACUGGUUGUAGCCAGUGUUGGGGACAGCCGGGCCAUUUUGUGUAGAAAAGGAAAACCCAUGAAGCUGACCAUUGACCAUACUCCAGAAAGAAAAGAUGAGAAAGAAAGGAUCAAGAAGUGUGGUGGUUUUGUAGCUUGGAAUAGUUUAGGACAGCCUCAUGUAAAUGGCAGACUUGCAAUGACGAGGAGUAUUGGCGAUUUGGACCUUAAAACCAGCGGCGUGAUAGCAGAGCCGGAAACAAAGAGGAUCAAGCUACAGCACGCUGAGGACAGCUUCCUGGUCCUCACCACGGACGGGAUUAACUUCAUGGUGAACAGUCAAGAGAUUUGUGACUUUGUCAAUCAGUGCCAUGAUCCCAAUGAAGCAGCCCAUGCGGUGACUGAACAGGCGAUCCAGUACGGCACCGAAGAUAACAGUACUGCGGUCGUGGUGCCUUUCGGUGCCUGGGGGAAAUACAAGAACUCUGAAAUCAACUUCUCAUUCAGCAGAAGCUUUGCCUCCAGUGGACGAUGGGCCUGAUUGCCGGCCGGGGCGUGAGAUUUUUGUGCAACAGUUUUUCACUGAGCAGGUCAAGAAACCCAUGAGAUCCAAAACAGUGUCCUGUACCAGUGUGACCUUAUGACUCGCUAGAUCGGUACACAAGUCAGUGUGAACUUCAUCGCCCCCAGAGUAGCUUUCCCGUCACUACCCAUCGCAUUUACGUCCAGCCGUUCAUGCUCAGUAUAAAUCCACGUGCAAUCAAGCUGCUAGUGUAGAGUGAGCAAAUGAAAGGGCUCACUCGUGACACACUUGCUGAAAGUGUCACGUUUCUCAUUUUUAAGAUUCUUAGGCAGCUAUAGGUUUCUUUUGAUCAUUUUCAUUUUUUCUUCAUUUGAACAAGUUCAAGUGCUUUAAAACUAUCAGUUUGAACUUUUGACACCUCUACGAUGUUAUCUGCAAGUGUUCGUUUUGAAUAACCGUACCAACGACUAAGUGUGAACACUGAGUUCUCCGUACCAUAUUUCGUAUUCUGGACCACUGACUGAUAGAUGUAACCGUGUAAAAGAAAUUAAUUCAGAUAAUAUGACCUUGUUAAUUUAUAUACAUGUGUAUAAACAG